UUGAGGACAAAAUGUUCACUUGCUGCCUAAUAUAUCCCACCCACUAACAGGUGCCAUGAUGAGGAGAUAAUCAGUGUUAUUGUCAGUGGUCAUAAUGUUAUGGCUGAUCAGUGAAUCGAGCUGCUGCCCUUCCAGUACACCAGUCGGUGCUGUUGCGCUUCACUUUUUCGACACUAAACUACAAGAGAAGAGGGAAAUGAUCUGUUUUAUCUACUGGGAAUAACAACAGACAUGGAGGGGGACUAAAUGUUUUCUCUGCAAAACUCAUGAACCAUUAGACGUGCAUUGUCGUCCUCCAUGUUUUCUAUAAUGCUGUAGCGCAAUUGUAACCGGGUGAAAAUGGACUGCGCGGCGUUUCCUGAGCAAAACACAGAAAGAAGUGUUUGUAUCGUUGGAUCGGAACUAGUGGAGAACUACACGGUUUACAUAAUCGAGGUGAAGGUUGGGGAGCACCGGUGGACCGUAAAGCAUCGAUACAGUGACUUCCAUGAACUGCAUGAAAAGCUCAUUUCAGAGAAGAAGAUUGACAAACAUCUGUUGCCUCCUAAGAAGAUAAUUGGUAAAAAUUCCAAAACCCUUGUGGAAAAGAGGCAGAAGGAGUUGGAGGUGUAUCUGCAAACCUUGCUCAGCCGAUUCCCUGUUGCAGUACCGAAAGUUUUAUCCAGCUUUCUACACUUCCAGUUCUACGAAAUUAAUGGCAUCGCUGCUACCCUGGCAGAAGAUCUGUUCCACAGAGGUGAACAGUUGUUAGCUGCUGGUGAAGUUUUCCUCCUGAGGCCGCUGCAGCUCUAUGCCAUCACCCAACAGCUGAAGCUGGCCAAACCCACCUGCGCCAAUGGAGAUGCCAAGGCGGAUCUUGGCCACAUAUUGGACUUUGCCUGCAGACUCAAAUAUCUCAAGAUCCCUGGGACGAUAGGAGUUGUAGGCUCCAGCAAUAUUAAGGAACACAAUCUACCGUUUGACCUUUCGGUGUUUAAAUCAGUGCUCCAGAUUGAGAUAAAUGACUGCCGUUCAGGACAAAUAAUGGGACUUCCUGCAUUAAAGCCCACUCUGGCUACACUCAGUAUUCAUCGUUCAGCCGCGUCCAUGAAGGAAAUCUUAGUUCCUGAAGCUGCUGAGUUUGCCCAGUGGGAACCCGAAGGCGCGGACAUCGACUGUGCAGUGACAGCGAUUAUUCCAGCCUGGAAGAUACUGACCACCCUGGACAUGAGCCACAAUAACAUCUGCUGCAUUGACGAGUCUGUGAAAUUGAUUCCCGCAGUCGAAUUCCUUGAUCUCGGACACAAUUCCCUGUCCUUGGUGGAAAAUCUCCAGUAUCUCUACAAUCUAGUGCACCUGGAUUUGUCUUAUAACAAGCUUACAGUUCUUGAGGGUGUUCACACUAAACUGGGCAACAUCAAGACCCUGAAUUUAGCAGGGAAUCAGAUUGAAACCCUUUCUGGUCUGAGUAAACUUUACUCCCUUGUGAAUCUGGACUUGAGCAGUAACAAAUUAGCACAGUUGGAUGAAAUAAAGCACAUUGGAAUGUUGCCCUGUUUGGAAAAACUCUCCGUUGCCAGCAAUCCCAUGUGCAUCAUUCCUGACUACAGAACUAAAGUUCUGGCCCAAUUCUGUGACCGAGCAUCAGAGGUCUGCUUAGACGGCACAGUGACCACUGAGAAAGAGUUGGACACCGUCGAAGUGCUGAAAGCCAUUCAGAAAGCCAAAGAAGCAAAAGACAGAAUGGCCAACACUGAAAAAAAGAUUAGUGAUGUCCCCAAACAGACUGAUGCAGGGCCGAAUCCCUCAUCCUCCAGCUCGGUCACUGCUCCACAGUCUUCCUCCUCUUCUUCUUCUUCUCCGCUUCACUGUGCCAGCUCCAGCCAAGAAAUAGCCUGCAAAGAUGACGCCUUUCUUACCAAAGAGAUAUUGACUCAUGUGGAUUCUACACUUACCCAGCGAUGCUGUAUUAACUACCCCACAACCUGUGAGGUUGUACCUCAGGUUAGAACUCAACUUACUACCUGUUCAUCUUCAGAGAUCACUUCGAAGCAGAGGCAUGAAACAUCUGGCUGCUUUUACUGUGAAGAAAACCAUGAAUCUUGGACCAACAGAUGCUCCACACCAGUGCUACCCCUCUGCUAUUUGUCCUACACCACCAACAACUUGGACUUCAUUACUCGACUUUCCGAUUUGAUCUGCCAAACAGAUACGGGAAGUAGAACGUCCAGCGAAUGUAAGACCUCCUCUGUGGAAGUGCCUGAGCAGGGCAGCCCUGACUCUGGGGGCAGUUACUUUGAGAUGGGCCCAGAUCACCGUGAUGAGAUCAUGGGCUGCUCUUCUUCCUCCACAGUUCAGGAGAGUGAAUCUGAAAAUGUGGAAAGCUUAAACGUUCAAAUAAAUCUGAUAGUCUGGUCUCAUUGCAUCACUGUCAGCCAUGACGGAGGUCUGAAUCAGAUGCCGUGCUGUUUGGCUGCAACGGAUAAAGCAUUGGUGGUUUUUCAGACAGAGUCCGAAGACACUCCACAUAACUUGGAGGAGCUAAUGGACUGCAUUAAAGUUGCACUGAUUGUGCCAUAUUCAGACAUGGAGGCAUUUUGGUUUGACGUUCCAGACACUUGCAUCUCCUUAAGGUUGACAUCCAGCGCCACACGAUGGUACUUCUUCUCAGAUGGACAAAAUUUGAAGGAGAUCCACUCCCAUGUGAACUUGCUUCUAGAUAGAACUGAAUCUGAACACAUCAGUGGACAGUCUAAGGUCCAGGUGUUUAUUCAGCAGUUCCUAAAUACCUGGGAAAUCGAAGAGAACGAUAGCGGAGCGAAAAGUGGAUACAUAGCUCACAUGUUGGACCGUGCCUCAUUGGUUCAAAGAAGUCAAAAGAGUUCUGUUCCCUCUGACAUUUUAUCUCCAGUCCAUGAAAGCCAGACCUCCAUCCCAUUACUUCUGUUCCUCACGACACGACAUCUCUGCGUGCUCAAGGUUGAUUUUGUAGCCAUGGCAUCAAAACCCAAUGGAAAUUGCAUACGAUCUUGCGCCAAAUUAACCAGAAUUCCACUUGCAUCUACAUUGCUGAACCCCAAGCAAAGUCAAACCGGAAAAAGCCGUUCAGUCACCCAUCGGUUUUGUGAUGGCCAUGUUUUAGAGCUUAUGGCAGGGCAUGAGCACCUAGCUGCCAUUUUCGCUCUCCCCCAUGACAAGUUUCUGUUUCUGAAGCAGUUUGCCCAGUUCCGUGCCAGCCUUCAAGACAUCAAGACCAUCGCUUUGCUGCAGACGAGUAAACGCCACCGGAGAGUGAGCAGCACAACGCCUAGCAAAGCUAUCCAGGAAAAGAGUGUUUCUCAGGACACGCAGAAACCCCAUUUAACCUUGUCUCUGCUCAACCCUGGAGACUCGCUUAUCCAGCAGCUCUCAGAUGAAAACCAGUGUCCGUCCCACCUCUCUCUGUCUCCAGCCCUGCGUCACCUUUCCACACUGAAGGGCGAGGAGGUUAUCAUCUUCUUCCAUGACAACAUCGCAGAGGUAGAGAAUGAAGAACUGAAGCACAUCUUGUGGACAUCUGUGCUCUUCUACAAAUCCCCUGAUGUGGAGUUGACUGCCUGUGUUAUGCUGUCCACCAAAGCUGUUUACUUUAUCCUGGAUGAUGUUGCGUCCACGCUCAGUGAUCAAGCUUUGAUGUGGACCUGGCACCCGUCAGACCACAGGGACACAGAUUUCCUCAUCUCUUUUUGCUUCGCUAUGAAGCUGAAUGAGCUGCAGAGCGUGAACGUCGGACUGUUUGACCAGUACUUCAGAGUGGUGGGUCCCUCUCCAGAGCACAUCAUCUCAUGCCUGACCAGAGACAGCUACAGCACACACCACUUUCUCCAGCAGCUGAUGAGUGUGUUGUCUUUACUGGAGACGGCACCCUCCCCAGAGCCCUCAGACCAAGACUUCUACACACAGUUUGGCAAGAAGAGCACAGGCAAAAUGGAAAACUACGAACUGGUGCACUCAAGCCGGGUGAAGUUUAUCUACCCGAGUGAGGAGGAGAUCGGUGAUUUGACCUUCAUUGCAGCAGAGAGGAAGGGCCCUCAGGGACCUCCGCACUCGUUUAACGUUCUCUUCUACGCCCUGGUGUUCCAGGUGCAGAGCAGUCCGGGUGCGAGGACCGAGCUACAGCCGAAAAGCCUCGUUCUGAGUAGCACACAUGUCUUCCUAUUAGACGAGGACUACAUCAGCUACCCGUUGCCCCAGUUCGCCAAAGAGCCACCUCAGAGGGACAAAUACAGACUCACGGAUGCCCGCAGGAUACGAGACCUGGACCGCGUGCUCAUGGGAUAUCAGCCGUACCCCCAGGCGCUCACGAUGGUCUUUGAUGAUGUGCCUGGACCUGAUCUACUGUGCCAUCUCACAAUGGACCAUUUCUCAGAUGAGAAGGAGCGGAAACGGAUGCAAGGUGGUGAUGGAGCUGGGAGCGAAGUGCAGUGGUGUAUUUUUGUGCCAGGUGCAGACAGCAGGGAGAGACUGAUCUCACUCCUGGCUCGCCAGUGGGAAACGCUGUGCAGCCGGGAACUUCCGCUGGAGCUCACGGGCUAACGGAGGCUGAAAGGUAACAGAUCUAGGAAGACCGUGCUUUAAAAAGUGACUCGGCUCAGUCUUAGCUUCAGUUUUAGUCUCAGCUUUAGUUUUCUUUCUGAAGUCUUCAGGCCAGGUUUGGGCAUUAUGAAUUAUAAAUGGUGAUGAUGACACAGUAUUGGUCAACUGAGAUUUUUAUGCAAAAUUUAUGCACAAAGGAGAUACCACUUCCUUACAAAUAAACAGCAAUAAAUAAACAAAUAAACUAACAUCAGUUCAGCUACUUACAUUUGACAAUUCAGUGCUCUCUGUUAUUGAUUUAUCGGUAGUUUAUUUACAGCAGCAUUACUAAUGUCCAAAUCUUUUGUGCACAGAUACAAAUUCUGUUUUAUUCCAAAUACCGGAGACGUAAUGACUGUAUCAUUCAUAGGACCCGCUUAAUCAGACCACUGAUAAGGAAUUUUGGCAGACAUUGCAUUUCGGAUGUCCUUCAGUGUCCACACACGUCAUCCCUUUUUAGCGUACGGGUCGGUCGUUAUGCUAACCCGAGGAUGAACUCCGAGCUAGAUUUUCUGGUUCUUAGUGCUGCUAGUUAACGUUACACUAAACAACAUAUUUAGAUAUUUAAGGCCUUAAAGGUGCAGGAGUUGAUUUUUAAUUUUUUUUUUUUCCCUAUUCUGUACUCAAGAUAUGUAGAACAUUUAGUUCAUCAGUUAAACCAUGGCUUUAGCAAAAGUUUAUUAAUUUGCUGAGAAAACAUGUUUGGAGAACUGAUUUUUAAUAAACACUAUAAUCGGUCACUGAGACCUUGGGGGGGCGGAGCUUUGUGAACAUGAAUGGGGAGGGGGAAAGAUUCAUUUUAUCUAGUGACUUCCAAGUUAGAGGCUAGCGGUGGUUAGCCAGAUAAAACUAAAACAACUACCUAAAAUGAAAAUUCUGUUAACUAAUAUUAAGCACGGAGCAAUUUCUGUCCCUCUGUGUUUAUUUUUUUAAUAAUAUACUCCAUGCAGAACUCCUUUAAAUCAGUCGUGUAAGUAUGGUCUUCUUAAUUGUUGAGAUGUUUUAUGAACAGCCAUUAACCCUACCUAUACUUUUAGCUUAUUUUUGCUACAAAAAUGAAUCUUUUUUUUUUUUUUAACGAAUACUAUUUCAUCGCCCAGCUCUGCUCUUUAUGAGACCUGUGAUAAGGACAGUGUAGUUAACAGUUAACAAAUGAUCAUAUCGAUAACCACUGUGUUGCUGGUGUAGUACUGGAGUCACGGCAGCUAAAAGUCUUUCAUAGUGAUUAAGGUGCAACUAUUAAAGAAAGCCUUCUGGUUCCUAAAGAUUACGAGAGAAGAGUCCAGAUGCUCUGAAUCCGUUUACUAGACCUGCAAAUUAAACGAAAGCAGAAAACCUUCAAAGGGAAAACUAAAGCUAAUAAAAAAACUGGAGCUAAAACGUUGCUGCUUCUUAUCAUCAUGUAGGACAAAGGAAGGAAAGAAAAAUCCUCCCAGCUUACACACACACACACACACAUACACAUAUUCUAACAUUCUUACUGAACUCUUUCGACACAAAGCAUCCUGGGAAGUUAUGUGUAGAUUCCACACGAGUGUAAUAUUUUCUUUUUCUUCUCCUGGCUUCAACCUUCUCUCUUUGCUCCUAUCCUAUUUAUCUGCUGCUGUGUACAAUCUACCCGAUGUAAAUAACCGAAAAGAA